UUCAGCUGAGUUUUGUUUACGUUUCUGAUGUGUUGAAUGGUGUUGAGGAAUGAAUUCAUCCAAUUAACGUUGCCAUAGAACACGACUCCAGAAAUGGUGCUGCAAAAUUCGGGAAGAUUCAGGCCCGACAGAGCAGACAGAAAUAAGGAGGGCGAUGCUGUUAUACAGGAUGAUGGCUCAGAUCGACGUCUUCAGCAAAGUUUGGAGAAUGACGCUGUUGAUGCAAAAUUUGGCUUUCACCGUUACAAAGAAACUGCAGAGAAAGUCGGAUGGUUGCUUAACAUGCAUCCUACGGAAAUUUUGGAUGAAGACAAGCGAUUACUGAGUGCUGUGGAUUAUUAUUUCAUCCAAGAAGAUGGUUCAAGAUUUAAGGUUUCGCUGCCAUAUCGCCCUUACUUUUUUGUAAUGGUGAAGAAAGAUGUCAUUCAAGAUGUGACAACAUUUUUGUCUAAAAAAUUUUCUGGCCUGUUGGCUUCUGUAGAAAUUGUGCAGAAAGAAGAUCUUGAUUUGGAGAAUCACCUGACAGGACUAAAACAAACCCUGCUUAAAUUAUCUUUCUUGACAGUCAGUGACUUAGUAAAGGUUCGUCAGACUAUCAGUUCUGCAGUUAGAAGGAAUAAAGAGGUAGCUAAAUCAAAAACUGUGUACCAUGAAAUGUUUUCUGCACAGAUUUCUGGGGACAGUAAUGAAGUCAGUAAACGCCAGCAAGAUCAUUUUGAAAAUUUAUUAGAUAUGAGAGAGUACGAUGUUCCAUACCACGUCCGGGUGUCUAUUGACUUGAAGAUAUUUGUUGGUCUUUGGUAUUCUGUUAGAGGUGGAGGAACAGCUCCUCCAGUGAUAAGUCGACGAGAGGAUCUUCUUGUUUGGCCUGACUGUAUUGUGUUGGCUUUUGAUAUAGAAACUACCAAGUUACCGUUAAAGUUCCCUGAUGCAAACACCGAUCAGAUAAUGAUGAUUUCAUAUAUGAUUGAUGGUCAGGGGUUCUUGAUUACGAAUCGAGAAAUAGUCGGCGAGGAUGUCGAGGAUUUUGAAUAUACACCCAGACCAGAAUUUGAAGGUCCUUUUACAAUCUUUAAUGAACCUAACGAAAUGAGUCUCAUACAACGUUUCUUUGAUCACAUUUUGGAGGUAAAGCCCCACAUAUUUGUUACAUACAACGGUGACUUUUUUGAUUGGCCUUUUGUUGAAGCAAGAGCAGCAUUUCACAACCUUGACAUGUAUAGAGAAAUUGGUUUUUCAAAAGGUAGAGAUGGUGUUUACAGCUCAAGACCAUGUAUUCAUAUGGAUUGUUUGUGUUGGGUAAAACGUGAUUCAUAUCUUCCUGUUGGCUCCCAUAACCUGAAAGCUGUAGCCAAAGCUAAGCUACGAUAUGACCCAGUUGAGCUUGAUCCAGAAGAUAUGUGUUCUCUGGCUGCUGAACAGCCACAGGUUCUGGCUAAUUAUUCAGUUUCAGAUGCUGUUGCCACUUACUACCUAUACAUGAAGUAUGUCCACCCUUUUAUUGUUGCUCUUUGCACCAUUAUUCCUAUGGAACCAGAUGAGGUCUUGAGAAAAGGUUCUGGAACUCUAUGUGAAGCUUUGUUGAUGGUAGAAGCCUACCAUGUUAAUAUAAUAUACCCUAAUAAGCAGCAAUCAGAAUUGAACAAGUUGACAUCAGAUGGUCACGUUUUAGAUUCUGAAACUUAUGUUGGAGGCCAUGUAGAAGCUAUUGAAUCUGGAGUGUUCCGAGCUGACAUUCCUUGUCGGUUUAGAAUGGUUCCAGAAGCAUUUCAGAAACUGAUAGAUAAUGUUGACCGCACAAUCAAAUUUUGUGUCGAAAUAGAGGAAGGUAUUCCUUUAGACCAAGUUACUAAUUAUUUGGAGGUUGUAGAUGACAUAAAGAAAAAACUUGCAGAUUUGAGAGAUACCCCUUGCCGUUUGGAGAACCCCCUUAUUUAUCAUUUAGAUGUUGGAGCCAUGUACCCUAAUAUUAUUCUAACCAAUCGUCUUCAGCCUUCUGCUAUGGUAGAUGAGACUGUAUGUGCUGCUUGUGAUUUCAAUAAACCUGGUGCAACCUGCCAACGAAAAAUGUCCUGGAUAUGGCGUGGAGAUGUUAUACCUGCGUCUAGGAGCGAGUAUCAGAGAAUUCAACAACAGUUAGAGACAGAAAGAUUUCCUCCCUUAUUCCCAGGUGGUCCUAAUAGAGCAUACCAUCAGCUUAAUAGGGAAGAGCAAGCUGCAGUGGAGAAGAAAAGACUCCAGGAGUAUUGUCGUAGGGCAUACAAAAAAGUCAAAGAUACAAGAACAGAGGAGAGAUGGCAAACCAUAUGUCAAAGAGAAAAUAAUUUUUAUGUCAACACCGUUCUUUCUUUUCGUGAUAGACGUUAUGAAUAUAAAGGUCUUUUGAAAGUUGCCAAGAAACAGUUGGGAGAAGCUCAAGAAAAGGGUGAUCCAUCUGAAAUUAAGGCAGCCAAUGCACGUGCAGUUCUGUAUGAUUCCUUGCAAUUAGCACAUAAGUGCAUCCUCAAUUCUUUCUAUGGUUAUGUUAUGAGAAAAGGAUCUCGAUGGCAUUCUAUGGAGAUGGCUGGUAUUGUCUGUUAUACUGGUGCUACAAUUAUCACACGUGCAAGAGAAAUUGUUGAGCAGAUUGGUCGUCCUUUAGAAUUGGACACUGACGGUAUAUGGUGUAUAUUACCUGGGUCUUUCCCUGAGAACUAUGUGAUCAAAACAACCAAUCCCAAGAAGUCUAAAGUGACGAUAUCAUAUCCAGGAGCUAUUCUUAAUGUGAUGGUGAAGGAUCAUUACACAAAUCAUCAGUACCAUGACCUUCAGAACAAGGAGACAUUAGAGUACUCUGUUCGUUCAGAGAACUCGAUUUUCUUUGAGGUUGAUGGUCCCUACUUAGCUAUGAUCCUUCCAGCCUCUAAAGAAGAGGGUAAGAAACUUAAGAAGCGAUAUGCAGUAUUUAAUUUUGAUGGCUCGCUUGCUGAACUUAAAGGAUUUGAGGUUAAACGCCGAGGUGAACUGCAAUUGAUCAAGAUUUUCCAAUCCUCAGUGUUUGAAUCCUUUCUUAAAGGAGAGACAUUAGAAACAUGCUAUGCAAGUGUUGCCAAGGUUGCUGAUUAUUGGCUUGAUGUUCUAUAUAGUAAGGCUGCCAAUAUGCCUGACUCUGAACUUUUUGAACUUAUAUCAGAAAAUAGGUCCAUGAGCAAAAAGCUGGAAGAAUAUGAAGGCCAGAAAAGUACUUCCAUAUCAACAGCUCGUCGAUUGGCAGAAUUUCUUGGUGAUCAGAUGGUGAAAGAUGCUGGCCUUAGUUGCAAGUUUGUGAUUUCAAAAAAACCUGAAGGGGCUCCAGUAACAGAGAGAGCUAUACCUCUAGCAAUUUUUCAAGCUGAGACAUCUGUGAAACACCAUUAUUUACGUCGUUGGUUAAAGGAUUCUUCCAUAGUAAACUUUGACAUAAGAAACGUUUUGGACUGGGAAUAUUACAUUGAGAGGUUAUCCGGAACAGUCAUGAAAAUUAUUACUAUUCCAGCAGCUCUUCAGGGUGUCCCAAAUCCAGUACCCAGAGUUGCACAUCCAGAUUGGCUUCAUAAAAAGGUGUUGGAGAGAAAUGAUACCUUUAAACAACGUCGUAUAACAGAUAUGUUUUCUUUCGCUCCAAAACCCAAACCUCAAAUUCAAGUACAAACAGAGGAUGAUAAUUCUCAAGAUUUAUUUGCAUCUCAGACUGUUAAUGACAUUGAGGACACAGUAGCUCCACAAAGCCAUCGUUCUCUUGGUCCAUCAGUUACAAGUGCCAAACGUAAGAGAGGAGUGAACCCGACAGAAGAAAACAUGGACCUAAGUAAAAGCUGGAGAGAAGUGCUUGGAAAUCCUCCACCCAAAGGCAACUCAAAGGAAGAAGUAAGAGCCUGGAUAGUUUUCCAAAAGAAGAAAUGGGAAUAUCAAAGACUUCAGCGGGAAACACGAUCCAAGAGACUAAGGAUGGAAAAUUACGUUGGGAUCACAGCAGGCAAAGGGGCUGGUGGAGUUGUUCGGUCAGCACCAUCAACCACACUUGGUGGUUUUCUUAGAAGAACUCAACGUACUCUGUUGGAUGUUCCUUGGCAGAUUAUUCAGUUAGCUGAAACCAACACACAAGGAUCGUUCAAAUUGUGGGCAUUGGUUGGGAGUGAUCUGCAUCUCAUCAAGCUUGUAGUCCCUAGAGUAUUUUAUGUCAACCAACGCCUCCCAAAACCACCCACUGAAUCUGAUGGUGUUUGGCGUAAAGCAAAUAAGAUUCUGCCCCGGUCACAUCCUACUCACAACUUAUAUGAGUAUAGUGUGCCAGAGGAGCUGUUUAGAGAACACAGCAAUGAGUUAAUGGCUGACUUGUCAACACCAGACAUCGAAGGGAUUUAUGAAACACAGGUCCCACUGGAGUUUCGAACAAUAGCUCAGUUAGGUUGCGUGUGUAUUGUGGAUAAAGCUUUAGCCAGACCCGACACAGAUACUUUUGAAGUGCAGCAACUCAAAUUUAAGACAGUAGCUCAGUAUCAGUACUUGGACAAAGACCGCCUUCACCAUAUUUAUUUCUAUCAUCACCGCAGUGGGAACAAAGCCAUGUUUGGUUUGUUUUUCCCCAAGAGUAAAAAGUCUCAUGUAUUUGUGCUGGAUACAGUCAGAAGCAACCAGAUGCCAAAUAUGAAUAAUCUGUAUAAUAAUGAAAGAACAGCAAAGCUAAGUAAAGGUCAUGAAGAAGCACUUUUACCUGAGGCCAAUUAUGCCUUUGAAAUUAAAUUUGAAACUGAAAUACGACAAAUCUAUCGGCAAAUUCAGCGUCUUUUGCAAGGUUAUCGUGAUGAAAAGAGAGGCCCUACUAUGCUUGCAGUUCAGUCUCCUUUAGAUUUAGUCAGUAUUACAACACUAAUGCCCGGAUUCGGAGAAUUUCCCCAAGUGCCCAUCCAUGUAAGCGAUGUUGAGAACUUGUAUAAUGUCUUGGACUGGCAACGUGUUGGUGCAAAGGCCAUGUUGCGUCAUUAUUUGGGAUUAAAUCAGUUAUUGCACAUGGCUUUGGAGCAGAGCAGGUAUUUCCAUGUCCCUGUGGGUAAUUUACCUAGUGAUACAACUGCUUUUGGAGCUGACCUGUUUUAUAUGAGACACUUGCAGAAGCACAAUUUUGUGGUGUGGUGCUCUCCUGGUCCAAGGCCAGACUUAGGAGGUCAUGAACAUGAUGAUAAUCGCUUGGUGGCUGAAUUAGAAGAUACUGUAUCAGCUGCAUCAGUUAAUAAUCCAGGCUGCUAUUCCUCUGUGUGUGUAGAACUGGACUUAGAUGCAUUGGCAGUCACAACUUUAUUACAGUCUCAUCAUAUCAAUGAAAUGGAAGGAACAAGUAGUAGUGUGGCAUUUGAUGCAGCACCUCAGGCUUCACUGCAAGAUAUGAUGGGCUCUGGGACAGAAUCCUCCCUCACUGCAUAUGAUGAAACAGCUCGUUGUGCACCUGCCUUUAAGAUUCUACGACAAAUGGUAGCUGCCUGGCUUCGUGAUGUUUCAGUAUAUCAGAACAUAUUUGCUGACUUCCAAAUAAUACAUUUCUAUCGCUGGUUACGCGAUCCUGGUUCUCUCCUCUUCGAUCCUGCCCUCCAUCGUAUUUUGUACACCCUAAUGCACAAAUUGUUUUUGCACCUUGUAGCAGAAUUCAAGCGUUUGGGAUCUAUAAUUGUUUAUGCUGAUUUUAAUAAAAUUGUAAUUUGUACCAAGAAGAAAAGAGUAGAAGAUGCUAUAGCAUAUGUGCAAUAUGUGGUCAAUAGCAUUCGAGGGAAGGAAUGCUUCCAUUCCAUUGACAUAUCAUUUAGUCAGUGUUGGGAAUAUUUGAUGUGGCUUGACCCAGCUAACCAUGGUGGCAUAAAAGGAAAACUGCCUAAAGACCUUUCACAGACUCAGGAUAAGGUCUCGUCAAAUAAAGAUGAUGAUGAUGAAGAUGGUGACCAAGAAAAUGCAGAAAAUGCCAAUACAGAAGAGGAGAAUGAAGAUGAGUCGGCUGUGAUUGAAAUGAAUUGGAAUUUAGCUGAAUAUCUUCCAGAAUGGUGUGGCUGUCAGAGUAGUUUUAACAAUGUUAUAGCGUCAUAUAUGAAUGCUGUUUAUGAAAAACUGCAAGAGGAAAGUGGACGUUUUACUCCAGGAAAUACACCUAUGAAACGUAAAGUAUCAAGUCAGUCACUGAGCCGAAGGCCAAAGGAUAAUGUUCAAGGGCAUGUAGAAUAUGCUCAAGAUCUUAUAUCAGGAGAAAUGGCUCAAAAGCUUUAUUUUAUAACUCAAAAAAUCCAGAAAAGAGGAACAAAUGAAAGAGAUGAAGAGGAAGAAACAAACUUGAUGGUGCUGCCUGGCAGAAAUAGUAACCCUGCCCUUGAGUUUGUCAAAAGUGUGACCAAGGUACUUUCACUGGAUUCAAAUGUCACAGAACAGGUAAACAAACUUCGACGCGACCUUCUUAAGUUACUAAACAUUGGAGAGUUUAGUCCAGAUGCUGAAUGGAAAGAUCCUUGUAUAUCCUAUGUUCUACCUGAGGUAAUUUGUCGAGCUUGUAAUCACUGUCGAAACAUUGAUCUCUGCAAAGACUCGCAUCAGACAGUUGAAAAUGGGAUGCGUGUUUGGAUGUGCCCUGUAUGUAACACAAAUUAUGCUUCCAGUGAAAUAGAGCACCAGUUAAUUAGCCUUAUUCAUAACAGUUCUAUGGCAUUUGUUCUUCAAGAUCUACAGUGUGACAGAUGUUCAGAGGUAAAGCAGCCAAACAUGACCUUAUAUUGUUCAUGUGGAGGAAGGUACCAGACACUCCUGAGAGCUGAUGAUUUCAGUCAGAAAUUGCGUAUCCUUGGAAAAAUUGCAUCGUUUUGCAAUAUGCCACUGUUGAAAGAGACAGUUCAGUGGAUAAUUACAAAUAAUUCUUGGAUGGAUACUUGAGUGUUAUUUUUCAAUUUAAAGUACGUAUUAGCAUACCAAGCUUUAGUAUGGGAGUUUGGAAAAGUAGUGUAUCUUGUGGUAGUAGUACUUGGUUUCCAUGUUAUAAGAGAGAAAUUGUGUUGAAUUUUAUUGUCUAAGAUAUAUUUUAUAUAUUUAUAAUAAAGAGUGAAAAUUAAAAUUUUUAUUUCA